AUGAGACUUCUUGGCUACCUCCUGCCCAGCCUGCUCCUGCUUAUAGCAGGGGCACUGGGCUGGGCCUGGGUCCCCAGCCACUGCAGGCCUCCCAGCGAGGCUGUGUGCAACUUCCUGUGUGACUGCAGCAGCUGCUCAGAUGAAGAACAGUGUGGUCACCAUGGGGCCUCACCUGCCUUGGGCACCCCAUUCUCCUGCGACUUUGAGCAGGACCCCUGCGGCUGGCAGGAUAUCAGUACUUCGGGCUACAGCUGGAUCCGAGACCGGGCAGGGGCCACUUUGGAGGGUCCUGGGCCUCACUCAGACCACACUCUAGGCACUGACUUGGGCUGGCAUAUGGCUGUUGGGACACACCGAGGAAAGGAGGUGUCCACUGCUGUCCUGCGUUCCCCUACUCUGCGAGAGGCAGCCCCCACCUGUGAGCUGAGGCUCUGGUACCACGUGGCAUCUGGAGACGUGGCUGAGCUGAGCCUGCAGCUGACCCAUAACACGGAGACACUCACACUAUGGUGGAGCUCAGGACCCUGGGGCCCUGGCUGGCAGGAGCUGGCAGUGACCAUUGGCCGCAUCCGGGGUGACUUCCGAGUGACCUUCUCUGCCACCCGAAAUGCCACCCACAGGGGCACUGUGGGCUUGGACGACAUUGAGUUCUGGGGCUGUGGGCUUCCCACCCCCCAGGCCAGCUGCCCCCCAGGGCACCACCACUGCCAGAACAAGGCCUGCAUAGAGCCCCACCAGCUGUGUGACGGGGAAGACAGCUGUGGGGAUCUGUCUGACGAGGACCCACUCACCUGCGGCCACCACAUGGUCACCAACUUUGAGACAGGCCUGGGCCCAUGGAACCACUUGGAGGGCUGGGUCAGGAACCACAGCAAUGCCAGCCCUGAGCACCCUGCCUGGCCACACCGAGACCAUAGCCAAAACAGUGUGAGAGGCUCAUUCCUGGUCUCCCUGGCUGAGCCCAGCAGGCCUGCUGCCCUCUUCAGCCCCAAGUUGCAGGCCUCAGGCCCCUACAACUGCUCGUUGGUCUUCUAUCACUACCUGCAUGGAUCUGAGGCCAGCUGCCUCCGGCUGUUCCUGCAAACUCUCCUGCCUAGCAGCUCCCCAGCCCCUGUGCUGCUGCAGAGCCGCUGUGGGGAGCUGGGGGCUGCCUGGGUCCGAGACCGCGUUGACAUCCAGAGUGCCCACCCUUUUCAGAUCCUCCUGGCUGCACAGACGGGACCAGGAGGUGUAGUGGGCCUGGACGACCUCAUCCUAUCCAACCACUGUCAACUGGUCCCAGAACUGGCAGCCCUGCAGAUGCUGCCUCCUACACCCUGGGCCCCAGCCCCUGAGAGCCCACCCUCUGGCCCGUGGUUCCAGAAUGUCUGCAGUCCAGGGCAUCUCUCCUGUGGGGAUCUGUGUGUGCCCCCAGAGCAGCUGUGUGACUUCCAACAGCAGUGUACAGGGGCUGAGGAUGAGCAGGAGUGUGGAACCACAGAUUUUGAAUCCCCCACAGCCGGGGGCUGGGAGGAUGCCAGCGUGGGACGGCUGCAGUGGCAGCUGUCUGCCCAGAGAGCUGCUACCGGGCACUUCCUAUCUCUGCAGAAGGCCUGGGGGCAGCUGAGGCCUGAGGCUCGGGUCCUCAGUCCUGCCCUGGGCCCCUCUGGUCCCCGCUGUGAGCUCCACCUGGCUUACUACUUCCUGAGCCAGCCCCGAGAGGUCUCCUGUAACUUUGAACGAGAUACAUGUAGCUGGUAUACAGGCCAUUUCACGGACGCACACUGGCACCGAGUCCAGAGCCAUGGUCCUGGGUAUGACCACACCACUGGCCGAGGCCACUUCAUGCUCCUGGACCCCACAGAGCCCCCAGCCCGGGACCAUGGUGCCUACCUGCUCUCCCAGCCCCAGGUCCCAGUAGCCCCCAUAGAGUGCCUCAGCUUCUGGUACCACCUCUAUGGGCCCCAGAUCGGGACACUGCGUCUACUCUUGAGACGGGAAGGAGAGGAGGACACACCCUUGUGGUCACGGUCAGGCACCCAUGGCAACCGCUGGCACGAGGCCUGGGCCACCCUUCACCACCAGCCUCACUUCCACACCCAGUACCAACUGCUGUUCGAGGGCCUCCGGGAUGGGUACCAUGGUACGAUGGCCCUAGACGAUGUGGCCUUGCGGCCUGAUCCCUGCUGGGCACCUAAGCACUGCUCCUUUGAGGAUUCAGGGUGUGGCUUCUUCACCGGAGACCAAGGUCUAUGGAAGUGCCAGACCAAUGCCUCGGGCCAGGCUGCCUGGGGCCCUCCAACAGACCACACCACAGAAACAGCUCAAGGACACUACAUGGUGGUGGACAUGAGCCCGAAUGCACUGCCACAGGGCCACGUGGCCACCCUGACCUCAGAGGAGUACAGGCCCCUGGCCCAGUCCGCCUGCCUGACUUUCUGGUACCACUUGAGCCCCCGCAACCCAGGUACCCUACGAGUCCACAUGGAGCAGAGUGGGAGACGUCAGGUACUCAGCAUCAGUGCCCAAGGAGGGGCUGUCUGGCGCCUGGGCAGCGUGGGCAUUCAGGCUGGGCAGGCCUGGAGGGUGGUGUUUGAGGCUGUGGCUGCAGGUGUGCAGCCCUCCUACGUGGCCCUAGAUGACCUGUUUCUCCAGGAUGGGGCUUGCCCUCAGCCAGGUUCUUGUGACUUUGAGACUGGCCUGUGUGGCUGGAGCCACCUGGCCUGGCCUGGCCUAAGCGGGUACAGCUGGGACUGGAGCAGUGGUACUACACCUUCCCGCUACCCCCAUCCCUCUGUGGACCACACCUUGGGCACAGAGGCAGGCCACUUUGCCUUCUUUGAAACUGGCGUACUGGGCCCAGGGGGGCAGGUGGCCUGGCUACGCAGUGAGCCCCUGCCAGCCACCCAGGCCUCCUGUCUCCGCUUCUGGUACCACAUGGGCUUUCCAGAGCAUUUCUACAAGGGGGAGCUGAGGGUGCUGCUGGCCAGCACCCAGGGCCAGCUGGCCGUGUGGGGCCAGGGCGGGCACCGGAGGCACCAGUGGCUAGAGGCCCAAGUCGAGGUGGCCAGCACUGAGGAGUUCCAGAUUGUUUUUGAAGCCACUCUGAGUGGCCAGCCUGCCCUGGGACCCAUCGCCCUGGAUGAUGUUGAGUACCAGGCUGGGCAUCACUGCCAGGUGCCCACGCCCAGCCAGGGGCACGCAGCCAUGCCUGGGUCUGUGCCAGCUGCAGUCAGUGGCGCCCUCCUCCUCUUCAUGCUCCUGGUGCUGCUGGGACUUGGAGGCUGGCUCUGGCUUCAGAAGACAGGAGGCUGCCCCUUCUGGAGCAACAGGGAGCCUGUAACCUCUGGCUUUGACAACAUCCUCUUCAAUGCAGAUCAUGUCACCCUCCCAGCGUCUGUCACCAAUGACCCAUAGACCACCAGAUGAGGCUCUGGCUCCUCACACAAGCACCUCACCACUCAGUCGGACCCCAGUGGGCACUGAAUGCCUGCCCCACUGCUGGUUAAACUGCAGGACACACUGAGCCUCUGUGUUCCUUGUCUGGUCCUGUGACUGUUGCUCCAUGAAGAAAUACCCUACCUCAUGAGCCUGGGCUUGUGGGACAAAGGCCAGCACACCCACACAUUGCUGGUCAGCGGGGAGGGGC